CCUCUGAGCUCUGGUAGCCAAUGAGAGCCAGAGCAUGGGUGUCCAUGUUGGCGUGCAGAAGGGCGUAUAGACUCUAUUUAACCGUUGGCUUUGCACAGAUAACACACACGCAUCUUACCUGUAAAGGACAUUGUCACUGCGCACCCCUGCACCAGACAUCUUUUAAAAAUGAGCGACAACCCAGUCACCAAGGAGGUGGAGACGUUUAACAAGAGCAAACUAAGGAAGACUGCAACGGAAGAAAAGAAUCAUAUGCCAACCAAGGAUGAAAUUGAAGAAGAGAAGAAAGCCAUUAAAGAGGGAAAAAACUGAAAUGCACCUGUCAUGAUUCCUCUCCUUCAGUCCUGCCCUGUUACAUGCUUUUCCUCCAAUUAGGAAUCCUGUCCAUCAUCACCACCUGUGCCUCUGUUUUCUGUGCCGCCAUGUUUCAUAAGAAAUGGUGUUUGGGGAAAGAUCUGUAUGUAAUCCCACAUAAAUUAAUGCAAUGGAUAUAUGUUAUUGUGCUUUCCAUGCGGUUUAGAAAGGGCUGAAUGGAGCAAGAUAACAAGUUAACAGGUUCAAAUUAUCAUAAAUAACUGUAUUAAUGGAAACCCAUCCAAUAUAUUGCAUUGUUACCAAUACCAUAAGUAUGUCUGUAAAUGGUGCCAUCCAGGAAAUGUCUAAAAAGUAACACAUAAGAUGAUAUUUUUGCUUUAAUAAAAAAGUGUUAAUGAUGA